UCUCUCGCUCGCUCGCUCACUCUCAGAUCCUCCUCUGCCUCUCUCUCCCCCUCGCCCGGCGUCGGCAGCAGCUGCUGCACGCCAGACAGGAGAGCGGCAUCCCUUUGCGAUGACACUGUCUCAGUCCUGGGACAGCGAGGUACAAACAAACAAAUAAUUAAGAAGCCCUGCAUUCAGACUGGAUGGCAGUAUCGGAUAAAGAGAACAUGAGGAAGACCUGAGCUCAGGGAUUUUUUUUUCUUAUUCCUCUCCUCCUUCUCGCUCUCCUAAUUUCUCUCUUUACUGUCUGUCUCUAGCACCGUCCCUUCCCCCUUCCUGCUUCUCUUGCUCCCUCACGCUGCGUUCUCCCUCCCUCCCUCUCUCUCUUUCUCUCCCUCUCCCUCGUUUUCUCAGUGGCGGAAUGUAGCGGAGGACUGAGCGCACACUCGUUCGCUCCGUGCUGCAUGAACAGCAGUGGGACAUGGCUCGGAUGCUGCUCAAGCAGGAGAACGGAUUUAUCCUCCCUAUGGAUUUGAUCGCACGCUAAACGCUGACCUUUGCUGGCUUUGCGGACUUCACCUCUGCUCGCUCUGCCGAAUUUGUUCGUCUGCUUCAUCCUUGAGGAAAAGAUUUGGGUUACUCUUCCUUUUCAUACACAUGGUAUCUGUAGGAGGUUAGCCCUGGGAGAGGGUGCUACGAAUCUCGGCCGCUUGUUGGAUGGUCUGACUCUAUGGGAUAUGCAAAGCUGAGUCAGCGAGUGAUAACAGGAGCUUAACAGGAGUCACGGAAUUAGACAGUGGCCAAGCUGGGAGAAAUGGGAGAAAAAAACUGAGCCCUGCUGGAAACCGGCUACUCGUCUGCAAAUCAUCGAAGGAAUCGUAAAAUUAUAGGAUUGUUUCUGACAGGUCAGAUGCCUAGUCUAAAAGACAGGAUUUGAGGAGUGGUAACACAAGAGUGUGCUGCUGCACCGAGCUCUGCCGAGCGCCUCCUCGCAGACGCAUCCGCUCUCUGCAUUCCUCCCAUCUCGCUCCACCCCUCCGUCCGGCGUCUCCCCUUUUUUCUCUGCCUAUUCCAUUUGUCCUUGGAACCAGAAUCCUUUCCAAGUCCAUCUACUCUUCUGCAUCUCCUGCUUCUGGAACAGGACUAAAAGGAUCGUCCCACGUUGGAUUCUGCCAGCCCUGGUUUUUCGACCUCUGGAAUUCUACUGUGUGUCUGUGUGUGCGCGUGUGCGUGAGCUUGAGUGUGUGUGAUUUGCAUUUGCGGCAUUGAGUGUCUGUGCUUUAAGAAGUGAUGGUUGUUUGUUGUCGGUGAGUAUUUGCAUCUGAGUGAGUGUUCUGCUGGGAUUUCUUGAUUCUUUUUUUCAUCCGAUGUUCAACACCAUGAUCCAUGCUUCUGUGAUCCUCCUGUGCCUGCUGAGUGCCCGACCCUGGGGUUAACCCUCUCUAAACCCGGGGCAGGAUGAGCGACACUUCUGGAGCUGUGACCACCUCAGGGGUGGUGAUCCUGGAGGAACCAGAGGUCGGUGGGGCUUCUGGGGAACGUCAGGGUGGAGAGCGUGCUGGAGCUUUUAGGUGCGCCUUUUGGCCGAGACAGCAGACUUGGCUGUGUGUAGUUCCCCUCCUGAUUGGCUUUGUAGGUCUCGGCCUUAGCCUCAUGCUGCUCAAAUGGAUUGUUGUGGGAUCUGUGCAGGACUAUGUACCCACAGACCUGGUGGAUGCUAAGGGUAUUGGCCAGGAUCCAAUAUUCUUAUCCAAGCCAAGCGCUCUACCCAAGGGCCAAGAUAGCACCACUUCCCCCACCACCACAACCACCACUGUAUCCUCAACCAUCUCUACUAUUACCACAGCAGUGAGGGGCAAAACUCGAACAGCAGCACCUCCUAAUGCCAACCCUAGGGAUGGAGGUUCCUCUGGCAGCCAAGUGACGCAGAAGACCACUACAACAACUGCCUUCACAGGCCGGACAUCCACCUCCACCCCAUCUUCAUCCAAACCAACCGUCCUCAAUGACUCAACCCGUGAGCACUCAACCACAGAGAGGCCGGCAAACACUCCAGCUCGGACCCACGUCAGCCGCAAGACACCGGCCCCGACCCUCCCGCCCUUGAAAUCGGAGCAUUUCAAGCCGUGCCAGGAGAAGGACUUGGCCUAUUGCCUCAACGAUGGCGAGUGUUUUGUCAUCGAGACCUUAAGUGGCCCUCACAAGCACUGCAGGUGUAAAGAAGGCUUCCAGGGCAUCCGCUGUGACCAGUUCCUGCCCAAAACAGACUCCAUUCUGUCUGAUCCAACAGAUCAUUUGGGCAUCGAGUUCAUGGAGAGCGAAGAGGUUUACAAGAGACAAGUGCUGUCAAUCACAUCCAUCGCCAUGGGGAUCAGCUUCCUGGGCACACUCUGCAUGGCUCUGUACUGCCGGAACAAGAGACGUCGGGAAAAGCUCCAGGCCCACCUGAAAGAGAGCCGCGGCCUGAAAAACUACAGCGUCAGCCAACCGUGCAAGACUCACCCCGGUCUCCAGCUGCACAGCUACUGCAAAAGCACAAGAUCUCCGCUACACGGAGGCGCCGUCCAUGAGGCUGGUUUUUCCCAGAGUUCUGCAAUGGUUUCUUCCUAUACGAGGGGUUUACCGACAACUCGACAUCACAGGAGCAGCUCGGUCUCGAGCAACGUCGAUCCAAAGAACCGGGCGGCCCUACGCCUGUCGUCACGCAAGACUCCACCCAUAACUGGAGGAAGACUUAAUCCCAUUACAGGACUGAAGGAUUCUGGACCCGCCUACCAGCACCUGCAGGAAACAGAAGGAACUGAAAGGGAUGGAGAACCAGCAAGAAUGAAUAUGAUGAAGCCUGAUUGCACCCUGCACCGGGAUACGUUCCAAGCCUCCCAACCCUCUCAACCAUGGGCGCCCGCCAGGAACCCUAGCUCCAUCUCACCAGGAAAGAGAUCCCCUGCUCCAUAUCGGAUCCCAAUCAUACCAUCUGUCCACUCGCAUCAAGACGAGACCUCGUGUAUGCAGACGACUUCUGCAGAUGGAAUGCACCAGAGUUUACCACGUCAAGGGGGUACAGGGGGUAACCCGGUUGCCAAUCCUCUUUGUGACAGGGUGGGGGAAAAGCGGAAUGAAGGCUUCCGUGUGCCAGAGGAGCCCCGGGAAAAGCUCGAAACCAACACCAACAUGAAGCAGGAUGACAUCGUGUUCUCUAAUCCUCAUGCGGCGAAAGAGACUGUUUGUAUUCUUCUCCCCAACGGAGCUGUUAACGGAGGCACAGCUCCUAGUGGACCAACAGAAACUCAUUUAGUGUAUCCCAGAGAUAUUCACAAGGACUCUACCCAACCUAGACAAUGAGAGGUUCUUUGUCACACCUUGUGUCUUGAGAACAAGGCUGCAGAGUGUUUCUGCCAAAAAUCAAUGAAUGGGAGUCUAUGGAAUACCGAAAACCAAUUAACUCUCAGCGCUGAUGGUUUGAGAUAGUAAUUCUUUUCUUUUUUUUUUUCUUUUUUUUUUUAAGAGCGACAGUCUAAAAACUCAGAAAAAAAAGUAAAAAAGAUUACUAAACUAAAAACUAUUUAUAUGCAUUUAUUAAAAUGAGAAACUUAGAAAAAAAAAGAAACCAAAUAGUCUGUCAUCUCUAUGGUGUUUUUAAUUGUAUAAAAUAUAUAUAUAUAGAUAUCUAUAUAUAAAUGGCUAUAAAUAUAUCUGAAUGAAAAUGGUGGUCACCAAGUGCACAAAAAAAAAAAGACAAGGAAAAUGGGAAUGAUACGAUAUUUUUUGUUCAUUUUUUCGCAUUUUGUACCACCACCACCACCACCGCCGACACAUCGUGCAGUCUCGGUCUGUUUCGUUUCCUGCAUUCUCCCAAAUGUUUUAAGAAUUCUGUGUAUUAGCAAAAAGACUGCAGCUGAAACGACUUAACGUUUCCAAGCUUCCCUGCCAAGGAACAUCUCAUUCUACCUUGGAACUGGUGCACCAUUUUUCAAAUAUGGACACGAUUUACAAAGGAACUGAAUUGAAAUAGCGUUACAGCACGACUUGACGCAGUGGGUAUCUCACCGUUGAAUACUGCCCCAAGAUUUCACUCGGUUUAUGGAAGUGUAUCCUGUCCAAGUUAUUUUUUUGUACUUUGGUGUUUCUCUCCUUUAUUUGAUUUAUUUUUUUUUUGUUCUCCUCACUUGUCAGAUAGGGUCAUGGUUUAAAUAGGACCAGCUCAAGUCCUUUGACAGACUUCACCUCAUCCAUCUGGAGCUCAGACUAUGGGCAAAGAAAUGAAGUUCCAACCCCUGAACCGAGGACCUUCUGUGUUUUUUUUUUUUUUUUCCCUUUUCUUUUCUUUUCAGUUUGUUUCUGGUGAAUUAUCUGCUGCUUUCUUGGGGGAGGGUAAAAAAAAAAAUUAUGAAGAUGUCUGUGUGGUACUUUCGGAUCAGGAUGAAUGCUUUCUGUUUGAAUUUACAACCAAACGUGGGGAAAAAAAUAACAAUGAAUCUUUUGGUGAAAAUAUUUCUCUGUCUUUUUUUCCCCCCCUGACUGUGAUUUCUUCUUUCUUCAUGCAUGUUCACACUAUGGGGUUCACCUCCUGGGAAUUGUGGGGUUUUUUUUCACUCAGGAUGAGUCACAUGUCAGAUGGUGACAAUGAAAAUCGUGACAGAAUUCACUGAGAUCUUAACACUGCACAGCGGGUUUAUAAUUAAAGUCUUUCAAACACAACAGUUACAAAGCAAAUUAAAAUGUCACAGGAUGAUAGAAAAAAAAGGGUAGAAUCAACAGGUAAG